CACUGGUUGUCACACUGCUUGCAUUAGGAUUUAACAUUAAAAAAGGUUUUCAUAUCAAAUAUGACGUUUUAAGACCCAGUUUUACAUUUGAAAAUAAACCUUUGGAAAACCAGAUUGUAGCUAAGUGAGAAGGAAAAUCUGUAAAUUAUUUCCAGAUUCAUCCUUUCUGAUGAUAAUUUAUUUUUCUGGUGUGGAAUAAAAGGGAUUUUGACCAUAGACGGUCCUCGGAGAGAACACAUGGUUAAGAAAUAUAAAAUUAAUAUCUUUAGAAACGGCUUCUUUGAUAUUUGCAGGUUUUGUUUUUUUUAAAUAGACAGCUUUCUCAAUUUAACAGUGAUAUUCUUGAUGUUUCCUGUCUGCCUCUGUAAAGGUAUUUUAAAAUGCUAUCUUAUUGUAACUCCAUGUGGAGCACGGUGAAAUCGGUUGGAGGCUGUUUUUGGCAAUUGUUACUAAAAGAUUUAGGGAUAACGUUGCUAGGAGACCCUUACAUCAGCUAUUUAUCCCAAAGUCAUGUAGAAACCCACACACAAACACACUGACACGGAUUCAGUGUGUGUGUGCGUGUAUCGCCUCUUCCCACUGCGUCUGUGCGUUCUUGCUCAUACUAUAAAGCUGCAAGCACCUCGUUCACUCUGCUCGCUGCCGUCUCCGCGAAGCAUGAUUUCUAUUCAACUCAGCUCUGCUUAGAGGAUGCACAGCAGAUGAGGGUUUUUUUUUUGUUCCCAGUUCUUUUUAUUAAAAAACAAACCAUUUUGUCAGACACAGUUUUGUCAGGGUUAGAGAGCAAAUAUCAACUCAUUUACUAGCCUGUAUUUAUCUUUUAGUCAAGUUACUAUCCUUUCCUCUAAAGGAAAAUCCCUGGAUGGAAGGUUAGGUGAUGGAUUGAAUUGUGGACCUUACUACAAAGAAGUGGAACAGUGGGGACAAAUCAGCUGAAUACCAACUCAAAGAAAAGAAGAGGGAGUUGCAAGUACACUGGAUUUGCUUCUGAGUAUUUGAUGACCGAGCUUGGAGAAGACAUCUGUGUGCCUGUCAGCAUAACCUCGGUUGUUAAUAAUUUCCCAGGGCUAUUGAAAUGGGCGCUUAGCUCUCGAGUCAGAAAAACAGCAAGCUUUAAAGCUCAACGGUGUUGGCAGUGGCAGUUUUCAUCCAACAAGCUUCAAAGAAAAGAAGCCCUUUAUCCACUCCUGCUCACCUCCUAUUUUUUUAUGACCUGUUGACAUAAUUUCUCUAUCCUACUUUGAGUCCGACACUUGAGCAGCUUAAGAAGUCUUUUUCCAUCUUGCCCGACCCCCUUUUCUCCUGAAUUGCAUCCCUCCACCUUUUAUUUACCUUGCUACCCUUUCACUUUGAUUAAACUGCUUGCUAUUCACUUCAAUUUUGCCUCAUCUCAUAUCUGGUGUUUUUCCUACAAUCUGCCACCCCAUAUACCUUUCACUGCUCAACUUUUCUCUCAUGCAGUCUUCCUGCCAGACUUUUUCCCUCCUUAUUAUUUGCUUUUCUCUCAUUUUCUUUGCCUGAGGGCAGAGAGGACCGCAUACUGCACACUCUCUCUCUUCAAAUUGGUUCUAGACCUCAUACAACCUGCUCACUUACCCGCUCGCGUCCGUCAAUUAUUCCCCCUCUCCUGUCACGAUGUACUCCUCCGAGGAGCUGUGGAACUCCACCGAGCAGGUCUGGAUCAAUGGAUCCGGAACAAACUUCUCUCUAGGAAGACACGAGGAUGAGGAGGAGGAGGAAGGAGACAAGCAUCCUUUCUUCACGGAUGCCUGGCUGGUCCCUCUGUUCUUCUCUCUCAUCAUGCUGGUCGGACUGGUGGGCAACUCUCUGGUCAUUUAUGUCAUUUCAAAACACAGACAGAUGAGGACAGCAACCAACUUCUACAUAGCAAACCUGGCCGCCACUGACAUCAUCUUCUUGGUGUGCUGCGUCCCCUUCACCGCCACCCUUUACCCCCUCCCUGGAUGGAUCUUUGGCAACUUCAUGUGCAAAUUUGUCGCCUUUCUGCAACAGGUGACGGUGCAAGCCACCUGCAUCACCCUGACUGCCAUGAGUGGAGACCGCUGUUACGUGACAGUCUACCCCCUGAAAUCUCUUCGGCACCGAACCCCCAAAGUAGCCAUGAUUGUCAGCAUUUGCAUUUGGAUCGGUUCUUUCAUCCUCUCUACACCAAUUUUAAUGUACCAGCGUAUAGAGGAGGGCUACUGGUACGGCCCGAGGCAAUACUGCAUGGAGAGAUUUCCCUCUAAGACGCAUGAGAGGGCUUUCAUCCUGUACCAGUUCAUUGCUGCCUACCUGCUGCCUGUGCUCACUAUCUCUUUCUGCUACACUCUGAUGGUUAAGAGGGUUGGCCAGCCCACUGUAGAACCUGUAGACAAUAAUUAUCAGGUGAAUCUCCUGUCUGAGAGAACAAUCAGCAUCCGGAGCAAAGUUUCCAAGAUGGUGGUAGUGAUUGUGCUUCUCUUUGCCAUCUGCUGGGGGCCCAUCCAGAUCUUUGUCCUCUUCCAGUCUUUCUAUCCUAACUACCAGCCUAACUACGCCACAUACAAGAUCAAGACGUGGGCCAACUGCAUGUCCUACGCCAACUCCUCUGUCAACCCCAUAGUUUAUGGCUUUAUGGGAGCUAGUUUCCAAAAGUCUUUCAGGAAAACUUUUCCCUUCCUGUUCAAGCACAAGGUCAGAGACAGCAGCAUGGCUUCCAGGACUGCCAAUGCUGAGAUUAAGUUUGUUGCUGCGGAGGAAGGCAACAAUAAUAACGCGGUGAACUGAUCCCGAUCAUUUAACAUAAGAAGGAUACGGACAGUUUUCUAAUGUGAACCGUGAAAAAAAUAACACUAAUUGUGUGUAAACGUCCUCAAAGAGCAACUGAUCUGAAAGAGACACUGUUUGGCAGCCGGGAUGUAUUUAUAUCAGUGAAUAUAACUAAUGAAAUGAUGUGAGGAAACUCAGACACAUAAAACAGAUGGGCACUAACAGUAUUUGGCACAAUAUGUUACCUGUUCCAACUGCCAAGGCUGGCAAUGCUGGCACAUGUCUGCCAAACACCAGGUCUGAAUAACACAAAGCUGAACACACCAGAUGACAAAAGAGGAGAGUUUGGCCUGAAAGCUGCAGGCAGGACAUUUAAUCCCUGUUUGAUCUGAUGAGGUCUGCAGCUCUAGAAUAAACUGGACCGAGGACAGAUGAUGAUUAUAGAUAUCAUAUGAAAUGAAACAACACUGAAUGUAUAUUUGAAUUUAACAUUCUUGACUAAAUGGCAGUUGGCUUGUUUUAUUUUUGUUUGUUUUUUUGCUAGUUUUUCUGUGGUUGACAUUUACGUCUUCGUUGGAGAAAAAGAGAAUAAUUUAACACUUUGAGUAUGCGUCACUCCGAAGAACAGCGAACACUGUGACACUGUGUAAAUGUUUAAAAGGUGAGCGUUCUUAUAAUUUCUUUAAGCAAUCUUCAGGAAUACUUCUCCUGGCUUCUCAAAGGACAUUCAAAGCUCUUCUUUGGAUGUUCGCUGCCUUUUGUUCCAUUUUCUGUCAAAAUGAUCUCGUGCUGUUUCAGUGGUGUUGAUGUCCAGGCUCUGGGGAGGCCAAUCCAUGACUGAUGGUAUUUCAUUGUGUGUUUUUCUAUCGAGGUGUGCUUUGAAUGCAUUGGCAGUGUGUUUGGGAUCAUUGUCAUGAUGAAAAAUGAAGCUGUUUUCAGUCAGAUGUUACUUUAUAGCAGAUUAAUAUCUGAUAAUACUUUUCUUUGUUAAUAAUUCCAUCAAUUUUGACAAGAUCCCCGACACCCCUGACUGAAAUGUAGCACCACACCAAAUCUCCACCAUGUUUUACAGAUGGUUGUAGACACACUUUGGUAAUGGUUUCUUGACAGCUUCCCUUCCACUCAGACCAUUUCUAAUGAGGCUUCAGUGAGCAGUAGAUGGGUCAACUUCAGAUGCAUCUCUUUAAGGUCCUCUGUCGGGUCAUUUCUUAGGACAUGAUAGGACUCUACUUUUUUUCAGGUCUGCAAUUUUUUAUUUUCUUCUCCACUAGCCCUAACUCACAGUUUUUAGAACACACCAAACACUAUGCCAAGAUAUGGCAGGUUUUCAGCUAAUAGUUCUUUGGAAAUUACCUCGUUGGUGCAAAAAAGACUAUUUUAUGCCUGUGAACCUGUGUUAUCAUUAGCAUUCUUCAUAGAUUCAACUAAAGAAAUGAGAACAAUCUGUUUUUGCUACAGGUACUAGCAAAGUGCCUAAAUAUACACAUUUUAAAUGGAUUCUUUACUAAAAUAUCUGUUAUGUGUUAACACAAUAGUGAGUUAGGUGGCUUUUUCAUGCUUGAAUCCUUGGGAGCAAAAUAUAAAGAAAUGAGGGGUGACUCACAAAUUUCACGUAGCGAGGUAUACUUGUUAUUACACAUUUGACAACACUGUUUAAACAAACAGCCUUGAAUGCCUCAUACCGGUACACUGACCACUGUAACGCCAAAUUUGUCAGCUUUCACCAGCUCUCUUAUCAUACAGCCAUGUUAAGGUUCUUAUCAAUCUCUAAGCAAGACAGCAAAUAUGCAAAACUCCUCAAAUAUCAAACUGCUUGUUUAAAAAUUAUGAGUUUAUCUCACUUCUGUUCAGUUUUGUGAGUUUGUGAGUCAUGUGGAUCCAGAUCCACAUGACUCACACAAAGAUUCAUCAAUUUUAUACACUUCACUACAGGCUACUACAUACGCCCAUGGUAUUAUAAGUGAAAAUAAAAGGGAAUCAGAUCGUUUCUUGAGGCAACAGAAGUUAAAGCUGUGCUUUUUUGUUCGUUUAAAAACAACUGAAUCCAGCUGAAUCGUUUCCGUUGCUGGCAGUAUGAUGAGUGGUGUGAUGGCUAAACCGGGGGUUGUAGUCAGUGAAGUGUAGACAGUGUUUACUUUGCUUUUGUGUCCCAUGCACAAACAUUCGCACCUUACUUAAUUGUGCAUUCACAAACACUAUAGAAACAUGCACGCAUGCACACAGGCAAAUACAAGCACACAUCCACAUUUCGCCCACUGCAUCUACUUUUUUCGUUAGUGGUAUCAGUUGUUACAUCUUCUCAGAAAAAAAAAAAACACCCUUGCACGAUCUUGUCAGACAGACGGCGGAGACGACCUGCUCCAUUGUGAGAGUGCAUUCUGAAGGAGAAGCUGAUGACAGAGCAACUGUCUGGCAAUAGAAAUGCAGCCUAUCAUAGUUAAUAAAUCUGUAAAGCUGUUAAUUAGGGGGAAAAAACAUGCAGGAAGAUUUUUCUAACAUAGGUUGAACUACAUGGCCACCUUAAUGCAGCUAUAGAUAAUGUAACCUUACAUUAUACUGGUCAUUAGUAGAUGCUAAUUACAUACUUGCAAGAAUAGAGUAGAACACAGCAGAACAUGCAUCUUGCAGCCGUGUGUCAAAAUGUUUGUACUCGUGCUAAAAAAAAAGCACUUUGAGUUUUGUUGAAACAAUUUGAGCUGCACUGUUUUAGCAGCAAGUAAUUAGUCCUCCAUUUGCAAUUCAAAUUGUACAAAAAGCAGCCAACUAAAGAAAGUGUCACCCACUAAUUAGAACAGAAAAAAAGGGUAUGGCAUGGAGUGCAUUGUGAGGCCAUUUAUUUACGUGAGCACUGCUCUAAAAAAUCAGAAUCAGAAUACUUUAUUGAUCCCUGGGGGAAAUUAUUUUUUGUUACAGUGCUCCAUUAUAAACCAACA